UUCUCCUCUCCUGUGAACGUUUGUUAAGCUCCUGAGCCUUAACCAUCUCACUGCCUCCGUAACGCAGACGGCGGGAAGAGUGGACUCCGGCCGGCGUCUUUUCCCAGGCUCCCUGGAGCUGUCACUCGCGGGCGUUGCAGCCUCUGAGAAGGCAGCGUUCAGAUGGCAGCUGUGCAGGUCUUGAGACCCUUAUUUUUUUCUGGUUAAAGGAAUGGUAGUAUGUGCUCCUUUGAGUCUUCCUAAAAUUUCCCUCUUGCCUUACAGAAAUGAAGAUUGACUUUAAAAAAUAAUAACAAUAAAAGACUCAGAGUGGGCAUUUUUACUUAAACUUUUCAAAGGUAGGACGGUGAUGUGAUCAAAAUGCAAAUUAGCAGUGGAGAAGGCAGUGAGUGCCGUGGCUUCGUCUGUGCCCGUUUUUAACAUCUGAAUCACAAGUAUUCUGAAGUCCCAAGAAACUGGCCCAUUUAAAUGUUCAUGGCCUAUGAGAAAGGCACCUAAGAAGCCAUGGCACUCCCUUUUCAAAAAGAGCUGGAGAAAUACAAGAACAUUGAUGAAGACGAAAUUCUUGGCACACUCUCAGAAGAGGAACUGAAGCAGUUGGAAAAUGUUCUUGAUGACUUAGAUCCUGAGAGUGCACUGCUGCCAGCUGGAUUCCGGCAGAAAGACCAGACGCAGAAAGCAGCCACUGGCCCAUUUGACCGGGAGCACCUUCUCAUGUACCUGGAGAAGGAGGCUUUGGAACAGAAAGACAGGGAAGACUUUGUGCCCUUCACUGGGGAAAAGAAAGGGAGAGUCUUUAUCCCCAAAGAAAAGCCUGUAGAAACUCAAAAAGAAGAAAACGUGACCCUCGACCCAGAACUGGAAGAAGCUUUGGCUAGUGCCUCCGACACUGAACUCUAUGAUCUUGCAGCUGUUCUUGGGGUGCACAAUUUACUCAACAAUCCAAAGUUCGAUGAAGAAACGACCAGCACUAAAAGUGGUGAAGGGCCUCUAAGAAAUGUGGUCAAAGGUGAAAAGGUCAAGCCAACAUUUGAGGAACCACCCAAUCCUACAAAUGUAGAAGUAAGUCUACAGCAGAUGAAAGCCAAUGAUCCUCGCCUGCAAGAAGUCAACCUUAACAAUAUUAAGAACAUUCCAAUUCCAACUCUGAAGGAAUUUGCAAAGGCUCUGGAGACCAACACUCACAUAAAGAAGUUCAGCCUGGCUGCAACCCGCAGCAACGACCCUGUGGCAAUUGCUUUUGCAGAUAUGCUGAAAGUAAACAAGAGCUUGAAAAGUCUCAACAUAGAAUCUAAUUUUAUCACUGGCACUGGGAUCCUGGCCCUAGUGGAGGCCCUGAGAGAAAAUGACACCCUGACAGAGAUCAAGAUUGACAAUCAGAGACAGCAGUUGGGAACGGCUGUAGAAAUGGAAAUUGCCCAGAUGCUCGAGGAGAAUUCAAGGAUCCUCAAGUUUGGAUACCAGUUUACCAAGCAAGGGCCACGAACAAGGGUGGCAGCUGCCAUCACAAAGAAUAAUGACCUGGUUCGUAAGAAGCGAGUUGAAGGAGACCAGAGGUAAACUUCCACAAGAAGAGGCAAAGUGUCACCACGGCAGCUGUUGCAUGGCCAUUUAGAGACAAACACUCUUCUCCUUGCCCUUAGGGACCAUUUCAUUAAAGGUUGUUCAUUUCCGUUAACCACACAGCUAAUAAUUUAAUUGUUUUUCUUUUUUAGCACUACUUAUUUAUCUUGGAUUUUUAAUAUACACCAUUGUUUAAUCUGAUUGUGGGCACCUCUGGCAGCUUGCACAAGUAGGCUCAUACAGAGCUUAGUGAGCAACAACAAUUGGAAAUGAUUUUAGCCACUUUCUUAUCAGGUUGUCUUGCUUUAUUACAUGAGCUCUUUUUUAAUCACUGAAAACUUAGUAUAUGAAAUGUGUUUUUAACUGUGAUUACAAAAGCAGCCUAUCUCUGUUUACAUGCUAGCUUUGAGUUAGGCUAGGUGCGUCAGAAGUACAAUGUGAGAAGUUAGCAUUGCCAGUCUUUUCACUGAGUGAGAAAAUGUAACCAACUUCCACAAAUUCUCCCUUAGUUCCAGAAAGAUUGCUAAAUGCACAUGCCCCACUAAUUGAAGAUCAGUAGUGUCAUCUUCAUAAACACAAAACAGCAUUAGGACACUUUAACACAGCAUUAGCAAAUAAAUAUAGAAUAUGUGUUAACCCACCGAUAUUGCUUCAAGCCAGAGUCACAGGUAGCAGAAUGAAUUACCAGAUAUACCUUUACUGACUAUUCAAUAUAAAUUAGAUCUUUAAUAUGACUCUAGUGGGUAACUAUUUACAAUGCUGUUUUAAAGUUUUCUAGACAUGAUAGAAAAAUGUUUAAAGUUAAACAAGAAGGAGGCUUUAGAAACAGGACAUUCUUAAAUAAAUAAUUAUAAUUGCA